AUCCGGCCUUAGUACUGACGCAGCCCAGUUUUAUCUUUAAACACCAUACCCAGCUCAUUUUCCUAAUAAGAUACAGACAUCUCUCUCUCUCUCUCUCUCUCUGUGUAUAUAUAUUGCCUUAGAACGCACGCCUUCCAUUUCCAUAGCCCACACAUCUCACCUGAUCCAUUUCCAUAGCCCUUCACAAAAUACACGACGACGACGACGACGACGACGAUCAUGUCCACCGACGUCGAACUCUUGAACGACUUGUCGAAAAUCCGACUACUCACGGUCGAGAUCACUAGAACAACGGCACAAGCCUCCGAGGAUAUUAGUGGCGACGUAAUCUUUGAGCCACAAAAGGACGACGACAACGAGUGCCGGACGCCGACAUCCAAGGAAUAUAGAGUUCCCGAGAUCCUAGUUUGUCCCCCGGCUCCUCGGAAACCGAGAAGUGCACCCUCAUGCAAAAGAAAACCGUCCGUCGACCUUCAGUUCUUCGAAAUCGUGAACCGUGAAGAGGUCGAUGCAUUUUUCAGGUCGAGCUUCGAGAACGUGUCUGGUAUUACGUCCGUCAAGAUCAGGAGCUGCUGCCCAUGUAAAUGAAUCAAUGAUCGCCGGCUGCUUAAUUAGAAAACCACUAUAGAUACAAAUGGAUCGAAUCUCACAAAAGGAUCUCACAUACCAGUAGUAGUGUACCACGUCUCCCCUUCUUUU